CCGACACUAUGUUCAACGUAUUCGGUGACAGAGCUGAAAACACAACAACUUGGAGACCAGAGCCACAAUAUCGCGGUACUUACAGCAUAUUAUCCUCCUGUAUUCUUACCCUAGUUCUCUGCGUCUGGACAGUUGUGCAUCUCAACCUUCCAGAGCAUGGCGAAAAACAGUGGUGGCAGAUGUACCGGAAGGUUGGCUGGUUGAUUGUUGGGUUAUUCGCCCCAGAACUGGUGGCAUUUUCCGCCUUUCAGCAAUGGCGGGAUGCUAGAUCACUGACAAAAACAAUGGUGAGCCAUUUUCGGGGAAAGCAAAGCCAACCGCUCCCUUCUUGGGUUAAAAUUGUUCGAAAAAUUAUGAUACUAUGUGGUUUCCGGAGCAGAGAUUAUUUUAAAGAGGAAAGUCCCAGCCAGAUGCGCCAUAUCUGGACUGAUGUCCACAGCUUCUACGCUGUUAUGGGUGGGUUUGCGAUACAGCCCACAGAUAUAUCUACCAACUUCCUCGCCAGCAAUCAAAUGAGAAUGACGGUCACUCCGCGCGCCAUAGACUUUAUAGCCAAAAGAGAGCCAGACCUCAUACCUUAUAUCUCUCUUAAAGAAAUCCAAGAUAAAAGUAAAGCAAGUGCACUCGCCAAGGCGAUUGUGUUGUUCCAAGCUUCAUGGUUUGUAUGCCAGUGCAUAACCAGAUUGACGCAACACCUCUCGGUCAGUCUGCUUGAACUCAACACCUUCGGGCACUAUAUAUGUGCAUUACUUAUCGCUUUUUUGUGGUGGCACAAGCCACUUGACGUGGGAGAGCCGACCUUACUGAGGAAUUCUGCCAGUCAAGAAUUACCAGCUUUGCUAUAUAUGGCUGAAAACAGAUGGAGACUGGCUUCUUUAGCAUUGAAGGAGAGCUAUAAAUUAGGGAAAUACGGAGAUAAGUUUGAAGAUUGGGGGAUGGACCGCGUACCGCGCCACGCGGUAGUGAAAAGAGUUCGGAACUUUCCACGUCUCAAUCACUGGAACAACAAACAAUUCUACAUAGGGUUCUCCUUUGCAGCUCUCACAUACGCCCUGCUGCAUCUCGUUGCAUGGGAAAGCACGUUUCCUUCUAGAACUGAACAAAUCCUCUGGCGGAUAUCUUGCUUAACGAUAGCAUCGACCGGAAUCUUCCUAGUUCUUAUUUUUGACCUCGUUAGUCUUGUCACUUAUCCUCUGCGCAAAAUUUGCUGGUACAUCUUCCCUCCUAUAUUUACUUACCUUAAAUGGCCAUUCUUGAUUUCGUAUGGGGCACUGUAUCUUCUAGCGCGCGUUUUUCUGGUCGUCGAGUCUUUCAUUAAUCUCGCGCAUCUUCCUGACUCGGCUUUUGAACUUCCACAAUGGUCCCGCUACUUUCCUCAUAUCGGCUGA